UUACUUUUCCCCUGACAGUAACAGAUCUAACUUCAUUUAUGAAACUUGAAUUACCUUUAGUUUAUGUACGAGUUGUUACAGAAAUAUUAUAUAGUUUAUUACAAUUAACUGGGCUGGACGGAGAAUGGAAGGGCAAUGCAGCACAGUGCUGGUGACGGGGGGUGCGGGGUAUGCUGGCUCACACACGGUGCUGGUGCUGCUGCAGUGGGGCUACCAGGUCGUGGUGGUCGACAACUGCACUAACUGCGCAGCACCAACUGCACCAGACGCGCUGCCUCCUUCAUUGCUCCAGGUGAAGGACAUCUGCCAGAAAGCGCCUGUGUUCUACCAGGCCGCCCUAGACGACGGUCCCGCCUUGCUGUCGAUUUUCAAAAAACACAAAAUAGAUGCAGUGAUUCACUUCGCAGCUCUGAAGGCCGUGGGUGAGAGUGUACAGAAACCUCUCAUGUACUACCACAACAACCUGCUCGCUACCAUCAGCCUGCUGGAGGCCAUGGAGGCGGCAGGCGUACGACGCUUGGUGUUCUCAUCCUCUGCGACGGUAUACGGGAUACCGCAGUACCUGCCUAUAGACGAGGACCAUCCUGUGGGACAGAGCAUCACCAACCCUUACGGCCACACCAAGCACAUGUGCGAACAGAUCCUCAGGGACAUCGUCCAGUCGAACAAUGACUGGAAGGUUAUCCUGCUGCGAUAUUUUAACCCCGUCGGUGCCCACGAGUCCGGCAAGAUGGGCGAGGACCCCAUCGGCGUCCCCAACAACCUGAUGCCCUUCAUCGCGCAGGUCGCCGUGGGCCGGCGGGAGAAGCUUAGUAUUUUUGGCAACGAUUUCGACACCGAUGAUGGCACGGGCGUGCGUGAUUACAUCCACGUGAUGGACCUGGCUGAGGGCCACGUGUCCACGCUGCGCAGGCUGCUGAGCGACGACUUCCGGGGCUGCCGCGCGUACAACCUGGGCACCGGCGUAGGCGUCUCUGUCAUGCAGAUGCUACAAGCUUUCCAGAAGUCGUGUGGGCGGAGCCUACCGUACGAGGUGGUCGCCCGACGUGCGGGAGACUGCGCCCGCAUGCUGGCCUCCUGCACCCGCGCCCGCACCGAGCUGGGGUGGACCGCGACCCGGACACUGCAGGACAUGUGCGACGACACCUGGCGGUGGCAGUCGAGUCACCCCAACGGGUACGCGACGAGUUGAGAGGCUGGCGUGACUUAGAUAAAUUAUUUGUACAGUAGAGUAGACGCGGGUUCAACUUCUCAAAUGUAUCAUGUGUCUUUGCGUGGAUGUAUUUAUUUCCGUUGUAUAGUAAGGGGAAAAAAAGCAAUGAAGCGCCGUGUGCUCAUCACUGCCAAGCUGCUCCUAAUGUUCUGUAGCGUUUAUAUAUGAGUUAUUGUAUAUGUCAAUGAGCGCUACAAUCAAGUCGCAUAUUUUAAGCGCAUUUUCACAUUUCUGGAAAAAGGCGCUAUUUUCUUCGUCAUC